UAUGUUUGUUAACUUGCAUUUAGAAAAAAAAACAAUAAGUGCAAAGAGUGGGGCAACAUUACGUAUCAGUGUCUAGAUUCCAUCAGUAAUCGGUGAAUUAAAAUUAACUUAGUCGCAUAUUUAAAUUAUAUUACUGUCAAUUGAACAGAGCAAUAGUUCAAUUUAACUAAAUGUAAGUUUAUUUUAGUACACAAAUAAUAUUUACUAACAAUAGUGUUAUCAACUGAAGCGUUAGGCCCAGCGAUUGAUAAUAUUUCAUCAUUGGUUUGGAAUAACUCAUUAUCAAUAAAACAUAGCAGUGUUUGUGUUAAUAGGAAAAGUACGUCAGCAAUUUUUUAAGUCGAAAGUGAAUUUAUUUAUGUAAAUUCGUUUGAUGAUUUAAAAGCAAUCAGCAUGAGUUUCUUAAUUAAUUUUUUUAAUCAACAGUGAGAAGAACAGUAAUUAAUGGAUUAUUUGGUUCGGAGUCUUGCGGAUAAAUAAAAAAAAUUAUGAGCAGCGUGUGUGAUGGUAACGCUGCAGACAGAAGAGUUUAGAAGAAAGGACGAUCAUCGGAUUGAAUUAAUCGAUGGUAAUCGAGAUAAUAACAAUGUGAAGGAAAACGAGUGCUGUGGGAAUAAUGAUAACAGUAACGGCGAGAUCGGUAAUAAUAAUGAUAAUGACAAUAACAAUGGUAAUGAUAAUGAUAAUGAUAAUGAUAAAACCCGGGAUGAUUUGAAUAAUAAAACAACGCGGCCAUCUUAUUGGUGUUCUAGUACUGGUGAAUCUUCAAAUGAGUCGAGUUUAAAUAGCAAUGAUUGUGAUGAUGAUCAUGUCGCUAAUAUUCAAGACAGAUAUGAUGACCGUAUAUUUUAUGAUGAAGAAGAUUAUGAAGACGAGGCGGAGGAAGAUGACGAUAAGUUUGAUGUCGAAGAAGCUGAAAAUGUCAUCUCUGAAAUGGGCGGCUGGCCUGCCAAUGGAGUUCAGAAACAGAAGAUUCAGCAUGAGACGAUAACGGGCCAGGUACUGCCGACUCUGGACACCACGACCUUUGGUGAAGUUUCUAUAAGUGGCUCGACUAAUGUGCGGGUGGGAAACACAACUCUUUAUAAAGGGCCUGUUACGAUAAAACAAUUUUUGUACACAAACUCAAGUGUUGAUAAAGAUCUGGGCAAUGGUCAAGUGCAAAAUGAUUUGCAAAGUCAUCAGAGUGACUCUGGUCUCAAAAACGUAAACUUGACAAUCGAUGGUAGUCCGCCGGUUCCUAUUCAGCGAGACCAUCACAGAGUGAAAGAGUGGCUGUGGACAUGGAGAUGUGCUACGAUAUUCAGUAUCGUGACAUUAAUUGCUGUCACAACAAUUGUCGUAGUAUCAGUGGAACUUGCUAAAGAACCAAUUCAUCUGUCGCACAAACCAGCCAUUGAUCCUGACGAUAUACUUACAGAGAACAUAAGAUUUGUCCAACGAGUAGAAUGGGGUGCGCAGCCUCCGGAAGGAUCACCUGAGCAGCUGGAUAUAAUCCCAGCGCCAUAUGUCAUAAUCAGUCACACAGCGUCCGAGUCUUGCUUCAAACAAGCAGACUGCGUUCAGCGAGUCCGACUGGCCCAGACGAUGCACAUCGAGGGCAACGGAUGGGACGACAUCGGCUACAACUUUCUCAUCGGUGGCGACGGACUCGUCUACGUUGGUCGCGGAUGGGACACAGUGGGCGCUCAUUCUUUCGGGUUCAACCGCAAGAGCAUCGGUAUCAGUUUCAUCGGUACCUUCAACAAAGAGAUUCCUCCCAGGCGGCAAGUCUACGCGCUGGAAAAACUUAUUGAGGUUGGCGUAAAAAAUGGCAAAAUUGAUUCAAACUACAAACUUCUAGCUCAUCGUCAAGUGUCCGAAACUCUGAGUCCGGGUGACGUUUUGUUUGGAAUCAUCAAGGCAAUGGAUCAUUGGUCGGAAAAACCAUAAUGUCUAUUUUUUUUACUCUAGUCUUUGAAAUUUUUUAAAUUUUAUACUCAUUUAAAUCUUUUUUUUUAUUAUUAUUAUUAUUAUUAAUUAUUAAUUGGUAUUUUUCUAUUGAGCUGUUAAUUAAUAUAAGAUUUAAAAAAAUA